AUGGUCAACGUGCCAAAGGCUAGAAGGACCUUCUGUGACGGAAAGUGCAGAAAGCACACCAACCACAAAGUCACUCAAUAUAAGAAGGGCAAAGAGUCGAAAUUCGCUCAAGGGCGACGACGUUACGAUCGCAAACAAGCAGGAUUCGGUGGUCAGACCAAGCCUAUCUUCAGAAAGAAGGCGAAGACAACUAAGAAAAUUGUUCUUCGUAUGGAGUGCACUGAAUGCAAGCAUAAGAAGCAGCUUCCAAUCAAAAGAUGCAAACACUUUGAGUUGGGAGGACAGAAGAAAGCGCGAGGACAGGUCAUUCAAUUCUAA